CUGCGUACGGCGCUCGGCGGCUCCGGGGCUGCCGGUAUGUCGACCGCCAUGAACUUCGGGUCCAAGAGCUUCCAGCCGCGGCCCCCGGACAAGGGCAGCUUCCCGCUGGACCACUUCGGCGAGUGCGAGCACUUCAAAGAGCGGUUCUUGAAGUGCCUCCGGGACCGUCGCUUUGAAAAUGCUCUGUGCAGAAACGAGUCGAGAGACUACCUGCAGUGCCGGAUGGACAGGCGAGUGCCCGCGGGGCCGGCGGCGGGGAGUGCGGCCUCCCGUCAAGCGGCGGGGCGAGUUGGCGGCCGUCGCGGAAACCUGGUUUUGAGUGGUAUUUGCAUUCCUCAGAGAAUUUUCUUUCCAAACGGGCAGCUGAUGGCACAGGAACCACUGGAAAAGCUGGGCUUUGGAGAUUUGACGGGCGGAAAGUCAGAGGCAAAGACCCAGGUUUGACGACAGGACCAGGCUGUGUCUUCCAUGCGGUCCAGAGCCCGUGGUCUAACCCUGUCACCUGGCAUCCCCUGGUGAGGCAGCAUGACUUGGAAGGCCCUGGAGGUAGUCCUUCAAAAUCAAGACAGACGCCCACCUCAGUGGGUGAGGCUCGUAUCCAGGGACAUGGUUCAUGUUCUGAAGCUCCUUGGAUUGUUUUGAAAAAUUAUUCUUUUAGAUUCUCUUUCACCUGAGUGGGAGGUUUAUCUUUAAAUCUAUGCAUGUGGCAGAGUUCCUAGGGGGGCCCUGCCAGGUGGGAGGCUCCUCAGAGUGGGCAUGAGCCACCUGUGCAUGGUGAUCACACGUCACAAUAAAUACGCCGCACAGAGCCCCAAUCCAGGCGGCCUCUGCUUCAGUCCGUCGUCCACACGACUGUCUGAGAACCUUCCCUGGCAAAGUAGCUUGUUUUGUACUCAAAUGCUUGUUCAUGUCCUUUUUGCUCUUAAACAGAAAUAGAGUACAAUUGAAGAGGAUCUUCUGGAAUCUGCUAGUUCCUCUUUUUUUCUGGUACUGUCUGAAUACCAUAUAUCUGUGUAAUCAGAAGGUUGUUUUCUGAUUUUUAUCAGACUGUUUAUAAAACUAGAUGUCUGCUUUCAUGA